AUGCGUCCCUCCACCAUCGUCCUUUCCGUUAUCUCGGUGGUUUGCCCUGCCUCUCUCGCCAAGUCUCCAGUUUCUACCACAACAGAUGUAUUCUACUGGCCCCCUUUGGCUCCCGAGCCUUCGGUUCUCGCUCGCAUCUCCCACGAUCCGAUCACUUCCUCCAAGCCCGAACUAAUAUCGUACUCCCCUCCAAAUCCCACAUCCUCCGAGAAUAAGAAGACUCAAAGUCCAAUUGACCAGGAUACGGUCCAGAUUGGUCUAUAUAUCCCUACCGCAAAGUCCAAACGAUGGGUAGGCACCCUGACCUCGCUUUCCGCUCUGUCGGGGUCCCGAGAACAUAAGUCAAUUCUCCGGCUUCACUUGAACCCUUCCAAUGAGAUUUACCAUGUCUCCUUAAUCCCAUCUUCCACUUUGACCGUUUCCUCAACCUCAACUGGCCCUAUCGUCGAGCUUGUCCCCAGUGAGCCUGGUCCUCGUCCACACCUUAACCAGCCCAUCGUGGUUAGCCCAGAUGGUGCAGGUCCCGAAGAAGUCUCUGAGAAAACCCUCUUCCAGAAGUAG